AUGAGCAACAUUUCUGUGAAAAAUGCAGCUCUCAGAGACAGACUGUGGAACAGUGCGCACCAGGAGCCGUGUUUGGGAUGGAUCCAAGUCUGCUUACUGACCGUCCUGUUUUGGGAGCUGCCCCCAGUUUCUUUGGGCGCAACAGCGGCUGCACCGGACGCAGAACACGAAGGAUUUUGUCCCAACAAGCUGAAUUCCAACCUGUGGGUCGACGCGCAAAGCACCUGCGAGAGAGAAUGCAGCGUGGACGAGGACUGUGCUGACUUUGAGAAAUGCUGCACAAACGUGUGCGGCCUGAACAGCUGUGUGGCUGCACGUUUCUCUGAUGGUACGCCUGCGCAGCCCCAUGUGUCGGAUGAAGGCGAGGGAAGUGUCGCCCCGACCUCCACUGCCACCUGUGAUGGCUUCAUCUGUAGCCAGCAGGGGGCAACCUGUGACAUCUGGGACGGCCAGCCGGUGUGUAAGUGUCAGGACCGAUGUGAGAAAGAGCCCAACUUCACCUGUGCUUCAGACGGCCUCACCUACUUCAACCGCUGCUACAUGGAUGCCGAGGCCUGCAUCCGGGGUAUGACUUUAACUGUGGUCACCUGCCGCUUCUACCUCACCGGACCCCACACCAGCCCGCUGCCCCAGGACACGACGGCUCAUCCAACCCCAACAUCCACCCAGGAGGACCCCAUGCCCCCCACGCUCUACUCCAACCCUCACCAUCAAUCCAUCUACGUCGGUGGCACCGUCAGCUUCCACUGCAAUGUGAUUGGAGUCCCCAGACCGGAUGUAACGUGGGAGAAACAGACUGGACGGCGUGAACGAUUAGUCAUGAGACCCGAUCAGAUGUAUGGCAACGUGGUUGUCACCAACAUCGGACAGCUGGUGAUUUAUAACUCCCAGGUGUGGGACACCGGCAUCUACAGCUGCAUCGCACGGAACGCAGGAGUUCUCCGGGCGGACUACCCUCUGUCCGUUAUUCGCCGAGCAGAAGAUGAUUUCUCUGAAGAUCCUGAGAUGCAUGGGCGACCGUUCUCGCCAGCAGACUCGGCUGAAUUAGACUUGAGAGUGUGCAGCGGCGAGCGGCAUGUGGACUGGUACUUCGACAGCAAGCUGGGUUCCUGUAUGUCCUUCAGCAACAGCGGGUGUGAGGACAGCCGCAACCGCUUUGAGACCUUUGAGGAGUGUCAGGCGUCUUGCCAGCGAGAGGGGACAGGCAUCUGCUCGCUGCCCGCAGUUCAAGGUCCCUGCAAAGUUUGGGAGGCACGCUGGGCCUGGAACUCCCUCGUGAAGCAGUGCCAAGCCUUUGUGUACGGUGGCUGCCAUGGAAAUGCCAACAGUUUCCGUACCAAGAAGGAAUGCGAGGCCAACUGCCCACAACCCAAAAGGAAACCCUGUCAGACCUGCAGAGUGAAGGGGAAGAUGGUUGCUCAGCUUUGCCAGAGUGACUUUGCUAUUGUGGGGCGGUUGACAGAGCUGGUUGAGGACUUGGACUCUGGAUUGGCCCGCUUUAGCUUGGAAGAGGUUCUCAGAGACGAAAAGAUGGGUUUUGACUUUCUUCAACACGAAGACCUGGAGGUGAUGAUCACCAAGAUGGACUGGAGCUGCCCCUGUCCCAACAUCACGUUGGACGACAGCACUCUGCUGGUGAUGGGGACGGUGCAGGACGGCAUGGCUGUCAUCCAGCCAGACAGCUAUGUCAAAGUCAUCACGGACCGCAGGCUGAAGAAGCUGCGUGAGGUUCUGGAAAAAAAGACCUGCGAGUAGAAACCAGCCGUGAUCCCGCAGGCAGCUAAUCCCCGAAAACAAGCAAGCAAUAAUAUUUUAUUUAUGUUACAGGCGGUACUACAUCCCACAUUAGUUUCAUAACUGCUGUUUUUCCAAAUUCACCAAUAAAAAGUUAUAUUAUAAUGUUAAAGAGGUAGCAACAGAAAUACUAACAAGACAAGUUGACUAGCACGGAAAUAUCUUGGAGGCUGAAGAAACAGUUUAGAGGGAAACUCUGGGUUCAUCGUGCAGCACCCACUGCACACGUCAUCACACACCACCAAGAGUGGCUCAAACAAUCAUUUCCCAUCUGUACCUCAAACUAGAAAACGUUGCAGUUAUAUACCAAAUGUUACUGUAUUCCACUGCAUUCCCUGACAAAUCCUCAGGCCAUAUUAUCCAAAUAUUACGGUAAAAAUACGUGGACCCGGGUAACGGUAUUUCUGUGCAGGGCUGGAGAUAAAACAACAACAAAAAAAAAGAGACGAUAUCGAGACUCUCUUCUGAUCUUUUUUUUUUUUUUUUAACUUAAAUCCUGAACACGUGCAAAUGACGAGUGGGAGCCGAUAAACGUGAAGAUUUUUAAUAACUACAGUCACAAUUAUCCAAUAAAAAUCACAGUACAGCUAAUGUGUGAAUAAGAGCGAAAUUGAAAAAGCUUCCAAAAUCACAGUUCUCUCACACUCACACACACACUGCAAAAGUUUUAGACAGGACCAGUUUUGAUCAAAUGGGUUUGAUGAUCAUCUGACUUUAAAAUAUAUGUAAAUUCAGAUUUUCUCAACUGCACAAGCUCAGAAACAAUUAUUACUACUACUACUAAUAAUGAAGUGUUAAAGGAGAAACUUGGUCACAUAUUUUAACUUUAUAGUCUGAACAUUUACCAUGCCUAAGACUUAUGCACAUCAUUGUACAUUUUACAUUUUGAAAUGCACGGACCUUCAUGGCGCUGAUCCUCAUGUCAUCUCAGAUGUCAGAUUAAGUCUUGUCUUUGAUUAAGUCACUCUGGAAUAAUUACACUUUGGAUUAGAGAUACAACAUCUGAAAUAAUUUAACAUUAUUGUUUUUUCUGUUCAACACUAAUCGGUGUAAAUGUUUGGAUUCUCUGUUAUGUACAGUUUGAGUGUUAAAUGUACACUUGUACUUAGGUCUUUGUAACGCACUUCUUAGUUUUACUCUUUAUUAAA